UCAGUCAAAGCUCCAACUUCCGGUCAGAGGUUGCUAGGUAACAGAAGUCGGCUUGCUGUGAACAUAGCACAGACGCUAGCUAAAGUCGCUGCUGUUUCUUAAAGUUUAGGUUUAUAUUCGUUCGUUUUGAUUCGUGAACACUAUACAUUUGGAAUCAUGAUGACUAUAAAAGAUGGAGAAUACACGGCAACGAUCUACAAACUGAUUAAGGACAGCCAGUAUGUUGAGGCCAUUCACAUCUUAAACAGCCAACUUCAGAAGCACACCAGGUCCAGAGCUGCUCUGUCUCUGCUGGGCUUCUGCUACUAUCACAUCCAGGACUUCAGCAGUGCUGCAGAGUGCUAUGAACAGCUCACUCAGCUGCACCCUGAGGUGGAGGAGUACAAGGUGUACUACGCACAAAGCUUGUACAAAGCAGGCUCGUAUGCUGAAGCCACCAAGGCCUCCUUCGCACUGGACACAGCCACCAGUCACAUUAAGAUGAUCAAGCUGCAGGCCUCCAUCAAAUAUUUUGAGGAGAAUUAUUCUGCUGCCAAGUCUCUGGUGGAGCAGCUACCCCAGGAGGACCCAGACUAUGUCUACAACAUGGGCUGCCUGCUCUAUCAAGACGCCAAUUAUGAGGACGCCUGCAAGAAGUUCACGUCGGCCAUGCAGGUGCUGGGAUACGUACCUGCGCUGUCAUACAACGUCGCGCUGUGUUACUACAAAAUGAGCAACUACGCCCAGGCCCUCAAGUACAUUGGCGAGAUCAUCGAGCGAGGCAUCAGGGAACACCCAGAGCUGAGUGUGGGCCUGACGACAGAAGGCAUCGAUGUGCGCAGUGUGGGCAACACGCUGGUGCUGCAUCAGACCGCCCUCAUCGAAGCUUUCAACCUCAAAGCUGCCAUCGAAUACCAGCUGAAGAAACUGAAAGGCGCUCAAGAGGCCUUGACAGACAUGCCGCCACGAUCAGAGGAGGAGCUGGACACGGUGACGCUGCACAAUCAGGCUCUGCUCAACAUGGACUCCAAGCCAUCGCAAGGUUUUGAGAAGUUGGCUUUCCUGCUGCAGCAACCGUCCUUCCCUCCCGUCACUUUUGGAAACUUGCUUCUGCUCUACUGCAAACAUGAGUAUUUUGACCUGGCAGCCGACGUCCUGGCAGAAAACGCCCAUCUUACCUACAAAUUGCUCUCUCCAUAUGAAUAUGAGUUUCUAGAUGCCUUGUUGACCUGCCAGACUGCACCGGAGGAGGCAUUCAGGAAGUUUGAUGACAUGAUCGGCAAAAUGACCGAGAAGUUACGCAAGCUGGCCAAGCAGCUGCAGGAUGCCAAAGCAGUCCGUGACGAUGAAGGACAGAAGAAAGCCCUGCAUGAGUAUGACACAAUGCAAGAGAAGUACAUCGUGGUGCUGAUGGCCCAGGCCAAGAUUUACUGGAACCGGGAGAACUUCCAGAUGGUGGAGAAAAUUUUCCAGAAGUCCAUGGAGGUGUGCAACGAGGACGACACGUGGAAGCUGAACGUGGCCCAUGUGCUCUUCAUGCAGCACAAGUACAAGGAGGCCAUCAGCUUCUACGAGCCCAUCGUCAAGAAGCACUACGACAAAAUCUUGGACGUCAGCGCCGUGGUCCUGGCUAACCUGUGUGUGUCCUACAUCAUGACCAGCCAGAACGAAGAUGCUGAGGAGCUGAUGAGGAAGAUCGAGAAAGAAGAGGAGCAGAUUUCUUAUGUCGAUCCAGAUAAGAAAGUCUUCCACCUCUGCAUCGUCAACAUGGUGAUCGGCACGUUGUACUGCGCCAAGGGCCACUAUGAUUUUGGCAUUUCUCGUGUCAUCAAGAGCUUGGAGCCUUACAACAAGAAGCUGGGGACCGACACGUGGUUCUACGCCAAGCGCUGUUUCCUGUCCCUGCUGGAGAACAUGUCCAAACACAUCAUCACACUGAAGGGUGCCGUGGUGCAGGAGUGCAUUCAGUUCCUGGAGAACUGUGAAGAAUACGGCAGGGAGGUGCCCGCCAUCAUUGAACAGCCUCUGGAGGAGUCCCGUGUUCAAAUGGGCAAGAACACGGUCACCUAUGAAGCCCGGCUCCUCAAGGCCCUCUUCUACAAAGUCACCAGCUGGAACGAGUGACGUCACCGAGGCCUACAGCCUGGAUUUAAACACCCGAGACACACGCAUGUUAAUUUAUUUAUUUGGGAUGUGGUGUUUCUACAUACAUUCAUGGUUCAUACUUUACACAAAGCCUGCCAAACUCCUAAAACACUUAAGUGCUUCACAUAAAAAAACAGGCAGCUUAUUUGUUUUUCUACUCCACGUUGCAGAGGACUCCAUGAAGAACUACAUGGGAACUGUUGUCUGUGAAGAUGUACGAUUCAGUUCUUGGUCUGCCAGGAAGAAUGUUUCCAUUUUGGGCCAGAGAGACCACCUCAUGCCCAGCAUGGCUGUGAGGGGCCAGAGAGGUUCACGACAGGGGCCUCUUGGUUAUGUCCUGCUCUGCCAGGUAGUAGUUUAAAUAUCCUCCCAGGGCGCCCACCGCCACAGCGGUCAUGUGACUGGAGCAGCCGUCUGAAAGCAGAAACGAAAAAAAGAAUAUGAGAAGAACAGUACACAGGGGGUGGGGGGUUUCAAAAUAAAAUUACCUGCCGUCAAAAGCUGUUGUGUCGGCAAUAAUAUAUAAUUCUUUAUUGUUAUCAUUAUUACCCUAGGGCAGCUGUCAAACCUGUUUUCAUUGAGGGCCACAUCACAGUUAUGGCUGCCCUUAGAGGGCCUUUUGUAAGAGUAAAAAAUACAUGAAUAUAAAUUUAUAGGAGUUUGCCUCUUUAUAUUACGCAAUUAAUUAUAUUUUUUUACAUACGCUGUAAAGAAAACAGGAAGCUAAGUCGCCAGAAUUUUACGGUAACAUUUACGAUGAUUUUUACAGCAUAUCACUGUAAAAAUGUAACAGUAAAAUCUACAGAUGUUUUAUGUUGUAUUACUGUAAAUGUAAAAAUGGUCCCACAGGGUUUUUUUUUCCCAUAAUAUGGCAACUGAGCGACCAGUUGUUUUUUUACCGUACAAUCUAUUGCUGUCUUUACAGUGUACAAUUUGAUGGAUAACUUGCUUGGGAAUCAUGAGUCACACAGUUAUUUAUUGGUAAAUAUUUUUAUAUGAAUGAAUAAAACUGUAAUGUAUGCUAAUGUAAUUAUUUGUUGCAUUGUUAGAUAAUAAUAAAGGUUCAAAAGACUAAGUUUUUAUUUUACUGCUAUCAAAUGAUAAAAAUGUUUUAUCACAUUAAUGACAGUUUUGAAUUUUGAAUAAUCAUUACUAAUCACUGAUUAUUUCUCGCCUGCAUAAUUUGAGUUAACUUAAAACUGACGUAUGCAUUGAUCGUAUAACAACCAGAUAAGGUAAAUGAGCAUGUACAGUCGAAAUAAAUUGCAUUGAUUAAGCUGCGUACUAACAGUGCAUCUGGAAAGUAUUCGCAGCGCUUCACUUUUUCCACAUUUUGUUAUGUUGCAGCCUUAUUCCAAAAUGUAAUAAAUUCAUUUUUGUCCUCAAGAUUCUGCAUGCAAUACCCCAUAACGACAAUGCGAAAAAGUUUGUUUCGGAAUUUUUUGCAAAUUUGUUAAAAAAAUCAAAAACAAAUAAAUCACAUGUAUUCACAGCCUUUGCUCAAUAUUUUGUUGAUGCAUCUUUGGCAGAAAUUACAGCAUCAAGUCUUUUUGAAUAUGACACCACAAGCUUGGCACAUCUACUUUUGGGCAGUUUCGCCCAUUCCACACCUUUCAAGCUCCAUCAGGUUGGAUGGGAACCGUUGUUUUUUCUCCAGGAUGUCUCUGUACAAUGCUGCAUUCAUCUUUCCCUCUAUCCUGAUUAGUCUCCCAGUUCCUGCCGCUCUAAACCACCCCCACAGCAUGAUGCUGCCACCACCAUGCUUCCCUGUAGGGGUGUUACUUGCCUGGUUUCCUCCAAACACGUCAUGCUUGGCAUUCACGCCAAAGACUUCGAUCUUUGUCUCAUCAGACCAGAUAAUUUUGUUUCUCAUGGUCUAAUAAGCUUUCAGGUGCAUUGUGGCAAACUUUUUACGAAGAAAUGUCUUCCGUCUGGACACUCUACCAUACAGGCCUGAUUGGUGGUUUGCUAUAGAGAUGGUUCUCCUCUCUCCACAGAGGAAUGCUGUAGCUCUGACAGGGUGACCUUCAGGUUCUUAGUCACCUCCCUGACUAGGCCCCUUCUCCCCCGUUCGCUCAGUUUAGACAGCCAGCCAGCUACAGGAAGAGUCUUGGUGGUUACAAACGUCUUGUAUUUACGGAUUACGGAGACCACUGUGCUCAUUGGGACCUCCAAGGCAGUGCCUCGAGACAAUCCUGUCUGUAGGUCUACAGAAAAUGUCAUGCUUGGUUUGUGCUAUGCCAUGCACUGUCCAGUGUGAAGGUGUGUGCCUUUCCAACUGAAUUUACCACAGGUGGACUCCAAUUAGGGAUGAUCAGUUGAAACAGGAUGCAACUGAGCUCACUUUUGAGCUCCAUCGCAAAGGCUUACUUAUGUGUACAUGUCAUUUUAGUUUUAAAUUUUGGAUACAUUUGCACAAAAUCUCUUAAAAAAGGUUUUCAUGUUGUCAUUAAGGGGUAUUGUGUGUAGAAUUGUGAGGACAAAAUGAAUUUUUGUGAUUAUAUGCAAGUUAACUUUUUGUUUUUUCAAAAUAAAACUACUUCCCGUCAAAGCAAAUAACUUUCUCUCAGUUUCUCCCUAGCAGUGACUAACAAUCCAGUUCAAACCCACCAGGAAGUAUCUUCUCCCUCCUCUUCACUCUGUGGUGAGGCUGCAGCUGCUCCAGCAGCUCGUCUCCGAUUAUCUGAGAGAUGACGCUCCCUGAGGACACAAGUUGGGCUUAAGUAUGACACAACAACAUAAAUAAUGUCAGAUGGUGACUCACUGUCGCGCCCAAAGCAGCCCAGCUCGCCGUCCUGCAGCCGCAAGAUGUGCUGCAGCCAGUCGGCUUUGUAGAAGUCGGAGAAGCCGGCCAAUCCACAGAUGAGGACUGGGAACGUGCAGCGGGUCAGAGAACAUGGACCACAAGCGAUGGGACACAAACUCACUGUUCUCGAUGAAGAUGUCGACCGUCUGCUGGGUCAAUCCGUCCGAGAUGAUGUCCUGGUUGGUCUUCAUCAUGUUGGAGCAGAAGAUCUUCCGGUAGCUGAGUUCCGUCAUGUUGGUCCGGGAUGCUCGCGUGUCGCCCUUCAGCAGGUUGGAGCAGCCUUUCUGGGAGCGACACGCAAAAAACCCUGAGAGGACGACGAGAAGGUUUCUCCUUCGUGCUUCGUGUGGACUCACCAUCUUCCCGAUCAUGAAGUAGAGCAGCUGGUGGGACAGCGAGUAGUAAGGGCAGCCGAAGCGAGUCAUGGUGUCCCGACAGGGUUUGGUGACGAUGCAGGGGGUCCCCUUGGCUUUCCUGCAAACAUCACAUCACUUUGUCUCCUCCAUCAUGGGAGUCCCGCCCCCUUUUUGCUCCUACCAGGUGCCCAGCAGCAGCGUCAGACACUUGUCGCUGAGCUGCUCGUCGUAACACUCGCUGGUGUUGGCCGAGGGGUACACCAGGCUGGGGUCUGUGGUGCUCCACUCCUGAGGAACUUGCC